GAAAUGAAAGAGAAAGUAUAGCCAGGGAUGUGUUUUAAAGGAGAUACUGUUCGUGUGCGUCGACAAUACACAGAGGACAUAACUUGUGUACUGCGGGAAUGUCUGAAGCUGACAGUGUAGAAGUGGAGUAAUACGAUCGUCCUAAGAAGCAAAAUGAGUUUUUUCUACACAUGUGUGCCCUCUCUCGGCGAUAAGUUUCAUGGCUUGUUAAACCAAGGAGCAACAUGUUACCUGAACAGUGUGCUGCAGGUGCUUUACAUGACCGAAGACUUCAAAGAAGCUGUGGAAGGGCACUGCUGUAAAAAUCCUGACACUGAGUGUAUUGAUCUUCAACUUUCAUCCUUGUUUGAUGAACUAAAACAACGUACCGCAUACACCUAUAAAAUAACAAAGAAGCUGAGCAUCGACAAAGUGUAUGAACAACGCGAUGCUGCUGAGUACUUUGAGAAGAUUUUAGGUCUGACCAGUUCUGAUGCAUCACAGAUCUUCCACGGGGAGUUGACACACAAGACCACAUGUUCUACAUGUAAGAUUGAUACCGACGCUGCUGGGGCAUUUUGGAAUCUUCCUCUUGCAUUGGUGAAUUCGUACUGUGAAAAAUAUAGCGUGGUGAAUGGCAUUAAGGAGUAUUUCACAGAUUUGAAAUUCAGCGGAGAAAACCAGAUGUACUGCGACGUGUGUGAUGCCAAGUCUGAUGCUACUAUUACAUGUGUAAUAAAGCAUCAUCCAGAGGUUUUGAUGCUGCUGCUGAAGAGGUUUGAGUUUGACUACAGUUACAUGACAUAUGUCAAAAUCAACUGCCCUGUGGAAGUCCCCCGCACCCUACAGAUACCAGAGAAUCAGACCUAUGAACUGUAUGCGGUCGUGGACCAUUUUGGAGAUCUUAGAAGUGGACAUUACACUGCAACAAUCAAAUCUGAGGGUGAUGAGAAAUGGUAUAACUUCAAUGAUGACAGGGUCACAUUGCUUGAUUACCAACCAUUCCAAGUGGAUAACUCCGUGGAAUCUGGCAGCGCUUAUCUUCUUUUUUACAGGAAGAAGACAGUGCCUGCUGCAGAUACGUGUACUCAGGACAUCAGAGAAGCGUCUACUCCUAGAGGCUCCUCGCUUGCUACCAGUGAUACCCAUGACCAAUGUCAAGAUGUUAUAAUGGAGAUGGAGACAGAGGAGGUUGAGGGGUCAGCAGGAGCGGGUUAUGACACUGCAGUGGUUGUUUCCAUCGACAGAAGUGUAGAAACAGGAAUCAAAGACUUUGUCAGUGUUGAUGACCAGAACAAAAAGAGAGAACUCUUCUGUAGUGAAACUGAACUAGAGCAGAGUGUCGACGAUGAGGUCAAUGACAGGGCAAGACCAGAGGUUGUUAGAGACAGGAGAUCACAGGAGGGUCUGGAGGGUGAUGACACACACAACACAUCAUAUAACUAUCAGAAGUACAAGCAGGAAGUCGACAACAUGUAUUCUCAACAAGUUUGUGUUGACAUGCAGAAAGAGGAGGAAAGCAGGGCAGUGGAUGUGAAUAGAGACAAGGAUGGAAAGGUGGAAGGUGAUGAACAGCUAGGAAGGAGAGGAAUAGCUCCAACGAAGUACCUUAAGAGGGAUGCAGAGCAUCACGAUGAUGAAGGAUUACAUGAUGUUAGACAGGACAUGUAUGAAGAGCAGAAGGGUAAACAGGAAGUUGGACAAGAUUAUGACCUCAAACCUUUUACUGAGGACAGACAGGGAUACAGGGAGAGGAUUGAAAUAGAUGAUAAGGUGGACAAGGAAAGAAAACUCGGUGACCUCUACUUUCAAGACGAAAGAAGAGUUGUUGAUAGUAAACAGAACAUACCUAAAGAUGAUCACAGGAUUAAACUGCUAACAAUUAGUAGCAGGUUUGAUCAAAGUCAUGAGCAACAGAGAGAGGAGAGCGAUGUUAAAGGAGACAAGCAACAAAAGAGAGGAGAUGAUAAACAUGUACAAAGAAAAGGAACAUCAGAGAGACAAGACUUUGGUCAGGAUCGAGAGGAUCAGAACAAUGGAAGAUCAGAUGAUGUUAGACAGAACAGAUCAGAGCGAGAUGAUGAGCACAUUCAAAGGAGAGCGGAUUCUUCUCUUAAACGAGGAGGUUCGGCAGGAAGCAGAAGACAGGGGGACUCUCAAGCUAAACCAGGAGCUAGAUGUAAUGAAGAUACAAUGGAAGGAAGGUGUGGUUCAACGCAGUCCAAAAUAAAACUCCAUGGGAAGAUAAUUGAAGAGGAAUUUAGGCAAACCAACAGUGGUGUUCAAAGAAGCAGCGAGACGAAGAACAUAAGAAUAGAAACUGUAGAAGGAACUUCACAAGCAGGCAGGAGUUGGGUAGAAUAUGAAAGAGAAACAGAUGCCAAGGUCACAUUGUCAGAGGGAGUGGGCAAUUUAAAACUGAGUGACUCACUUUCGCCAAAGCAGGCAGGCAGCAGAGGAAUGUCUCAGGCACAAGAACAAGUUGUUGGAACUAAAUUUGAGGUGAAAAAAAGAGGCAAGGACAAAAGAAAGUUGCAACGUCAGUCUUCCCCACUGAAGCAAAACAAGAGCAAAAAAAAGAAACGCAACAAAACGACUAGUUGUUUCUCUUUUUUUAAGAAAAGCCGGAAGAAUGUAGAGCAGGCUUCAGAUACGGAAUAAGACACAAAUCGUUCAUUUAACAUGCAUGUUAUUGUGGUGUGUUUGUAGUUUUAGUUUUUAUUGAUGCUUAUUGAUACUCACAAUAUUGCAGUCUGCUUGCCAGAGACCAGUUUGAGUGUCUGUUUCACAGAGAACCGUUGCUGGUUGCUGCAUCACUUCCUGUUUGCCACAGGAUUGUUUCUGUGUCAAGAGCAGCAAAUGUAAAAUGUUUAAUAAGACCGGGUUGUUUUAGAUUGAAGUGCCUGUUUAGACUCGAUGUUUGUCUUUUAUUGCUCUUCUCAAUUUUGUCAAAUUUACACUGUUGAAGAAAUAUUGACCUUUUAAAGGAACAGAUUGCACUGAAUGUAAUAUCUAAUGUGAUUUAACACGAGAUUGUGUUAGGAAGUAAAAUUCAAAUGUAAAAUCAAAAUGUAUGUUCUUAUUUUACUGUUAAGUACUAUCUUCAUUUAAUCAGGCCUUUUGCACACUACAUGUAAACGAUUGCUGCAGUGCCCACUGACUAAUGUCAUAGAUGCUUUAGAUUUUAUGUUUCUCCCUUUAAACCAAACUAUUGUAAUCAUUUGUAGUGAAACUGUGUGUGAAAUAAUAAUAAAUAAUAAUAAAGAAAAUGAAAUGCA